CAGCAUAGCAGCCGCCGUAGGCUGAUGAUAGACAGAUUCGGGUGAGAAAAUGACGAUUUUGGUGGUUUUAGAUUUUGACCACACUGUGGUUGAUGACAACAGUGACACCUGGGUGCUCAAAUGCCUUCCAGGUCAGACUCUUCCAGACUGUCUGAAGAACUCGUACAGAAAGGGCCACUGGACUGAGCACAUGGGCAGGGUGAUGAGCUACAUAGGAGACCAGGGGAUCAGUCCUGAAAGGGUCCGCGGUGUGAUGGAGACCAUCCCCUUAACCAGUGGAAUGGCAGAAUUGCUGACAUUUAUUUCAAAAAAUAAAUCCACCAUCGACUGUAUUGUCAUCUCUGACUCCAACAGCAUCUUUAUAGACUGGAUCUUGAAGGCAACGGGACUCCAAGAAGCCGUGGACCUGGUUUUUACCAACCCGGCUUGGUUUAACGAGUCCGGGUUCAUGGAGGUGGAGUGCUAUCACUCCCACGACUGCGAUAAAUGUCCCGUCAACCUCUGCAAGAGGAGGGUCCUGGAGCUCUAUGUUUCUGAUCAGACUGAGAGUGGCACGCCGUACGAGCGGGUCAUUUACGUUGGAGAUGGAGGCAACGAUCUCUGCCCUACCUCCUUUCUGAGAGAGCGUGAUGUAGUGAUGCCCAGGAAGGGGUACACUCUGGAAAAACUGCUGGCCAAACUAAAAACACAAGAAGGCGACCCCUCUGUUGGAGCUGAGGUGAUUGUUUGGAGCAGUGGCUCUGACAUCCUCCAGGCACUAAAAACAAGGAUGUGACACAGUGACGGCAACUGGAGCGAUUGAUUUCAAAAGUCAAAAAUGCACUUGUUGAGCAAACAAAAGACAAUUUAUUACUAUCUUAAUUAUAAUCACGUUAUAUAC